AUGGCUGAUUCACUAAAGAAAGAUACUGAAGUAGUUAAAGAUAAAGUAGCAGGAGCUGCAUCAGAAGCUAGUCAUGAAGCUAGUCAUAGUGUUGAUGCUAUAAAAGAUAAAGUUGAUGAAAAGAAAUCUGAAACAUCCAAAGAAUCAAAUAGAAAUAGUGUUGAACAUGAUGUUAAAAGUUUUGUUGAAGCCGUUAAAGAAAAAGCCGCUGAAGCAUACAACUACGUUGCUGGUGGUGAAGGCGAAGGAAAAGGUCUUGUUGGAACUGUAAAAGAAAAGGCUGCCGAAGCUUAUCAUUAUGUUGCUGAGAAAGUUACUGAAGCAACACAUGCUGUAGCUGGUGAUUCUCAUAAAGAAGUAGCUAAGGAUUCCAAUCAAUCAAGUGGUGUAAGUGCAAAUGCUGAUGCUGCUACGGACAAGGUUAAUGAGAAAGCAAACGAAGCUCAGCACUGA